AUAAAAUGGCAAAAUCCAGUGUUUCUUUGGCUCAGGAUCAGUUCAGUUGUCCAAUCUGUCUGGAUCUACUGAAGGAUCCAGUGACCAUUCCCUGUGGACACAGUUACUGUAUGAGCUGUAUUACAGGCUGCUGGGAUCAGGAUGAUCAGAAGGGAGUCUACAGCUGUCCUCAGUGCAGACAGACCUUCACUCCAAGACCUGUUUUAGGUAAAAACACCAUGCUGGCUGAAGUGGUGGAGAAACUCAAGCAGACAAAACUACAAGCUGCUCGUCCUGUACAAUGUUACACUGGAUCUGGAGAUGUGGAGUGUGACAUCUGUACUGGGGACAAAAACAAAGCCAUCAAGUCCUGUCUGGUGUGUCUGAACUCUUACUGUCAAAAUCAUCUUGAACAACAUGAGAGUUUCUUCAGAAGUAAGAGACACAAUCUAAUGGACGCCACUGGACAACUUCAGGAGAUGAUCUGCCUUCAACAUGAGAAACUCCUGGAGAUUUACUGCCGUAGUGACAAGAAGUGCAUUUGUUUGCUUUGUUUGGUGGAUGAACACAAAAACCAUGAGACUGUAUCAGCGGCAGCAGAGAGGAAUGAGAAACAGAGACAGUUGGAAGAAAUCCAGAGAAAAUUUCGCCAGAGAAUCCAGGAGAGACAGAAGGAGCUUGAGGAGCUGAGAGAGGCUGUGGAGUCUCACAAGCGCUCUGGACAGGCAGCAGUGGAGGACAGUGAGAGGAUCUUUACUGAGCUGAUCCGCUCCAUUGAGAGAAGCCGCUCUGAGGUGACACAGCUGAUCAGAGACCAGGAAAAGGCUGCAGUGAGUCAAGCUGAAGGAAUACUGGAGCGACUGGAGCAGGAGAUUGAUGAUCUGAAGAGGAGAGACGCUGAGCUGGAGCAGCUUUCACACACAGACCAUCACAUCCAUUUCCUCCAGAGUUUCCAGACUCUCUCUGUCCCUCCUGGAUCUACAGACUCAUCCAGCAUCACGGUCAGUUCUCGUCUCUCUUUUGAUGAUGUUGGUAAAUCUGUGUCUCAUCUGAGAGAGAAACUGGAGCAUUUCUGCAGAGAGGAGAUAGAAAAGAUAACUGAUAUGGUAAAAUACAUCGAGUUUGUAUCCACCCCUGAACCCAAGACAAGGGAGGAGUUUCUACAAUAUUCCCGUCGGUUCACCCUGGAUGCAAACACAGUGCAUAAAUACCUAUGUUUGUCCGAGGAGAACAGAAUGAUUACUGAAACUAACACAGACCAGCUGUAUCCUGAUCAUCCAGACAGAUUUGAUAGUCGUCCUCAGGUGUUGUGUAGAGAGAGAGUGUGUGGACGCUGUUACUGGGAGGUUGAGUGGAGUGGGAGAGGAGUGUGUAUAUCAGUGUCAUAUAAGAGCAUCAGCAGGAAGGGACAGGGAGAUGAAUGUGCAUUUGGAUAUAAUGAUAAGUCUUGGAGUUUGUAUUGCUUUCCCUUCAGUUACUGCAAAUACUCAUUCUGUCACAAUUACACAGAGACUGAACUCCCUUUAGCAGUCUCCAGCUCCUGUAGAAUAGGAGUGUAUGUGGAUCACAGUGCAGGAACUCUGUCUUUCUACAGCGUCUCUGACACAAUGACUCUCAUUCACAGAGUCCACACCACAUUCACUCAGCCUCUCUAUCCUGGGUUUAGCGUUAUUGGAUCAGUGAAACUGUGUGAUAUUACUAAAUAGAUGAUACUUUCAUACAGUCAUAUAGUCUACUACAGCAUGUGAUAUUAUCAAUAAAAAUAUAAGUAUAUAUUUUAUUAAUCCAAUAUAUGCUGUAAUGUAAGUGUGAAAGAAUAACGACAAUGAAUAAUCUUACUUGUAACCAAGGGGACAAAUAAUAUUCAUACUGUCACUGCUGUAAAUAAAACAAUUAGAAAACCAAA